ACCUCAUCGAGGAAAGGAGGACGCGGAUCAUCAGGAAAGAUGUUCUUUGUGGCGGGAGCCAGAAAUGCAGGAGGGUCAGGAGGAGGAGGUGAAAGGAGGUCAAUCUAUCAGAAGUUCCGUGAUGUUGAUUCAUUGGACAAGAAGAAAACAGUGACAGCUCUGAAGCCAGGUGAAGAUCGAGCCAUCUUCCUGGGCCUGGGGAUGAUCCUCUCUUCAGUCAUGCUGUACUUUGUCCUAGGGAUCACAAUACUACGCUCCUAUGCAGACAGUGUGUGGACAGAAGAGGGUGUGUGUAUUGUACUCAACUCCACAGUCACAGCAGACAUGAACUGUUCCUACAACUGUGGCUCAGACUGCUGGAGGGUCUCAAAGUACCCGUGUUUGCAGGUUUACGUUAGCGUCAACAACACGGGCCGCGUCAGCCGUUUAUCUCACAAUGAGGAGACGCAGGACAUCAGCUCUGAGUGUUUGUAUGUGCCGCGGUGUCAAAAGGACAGCUCUGCCAUGCAUAUCAUCAUCAUGAACAUCUCAGAACAUCUGAAGGUGCAUCAGCAGGUCCCUUGUUUCUAUGACCCUAGCGAGCAGCAGGAGAUGGUCCUCCUUACGCGCCUGUACGACCACAGUGUUGUCUUCCACUCACUGAUGUGGCCCUCCUGCAUGCUGACUGGAGGAGUCCUCAUCAUCGUCAUGGUGAGGCUCACCCAGUACCUGUCCAGGCUGUGUGAAGAGAUAGGAAAGAUCAAACGGUGAAAAAGCAGCAGUGAAAGACAAAAAUAUGGUGAUUUAGUGAUGGUUAUCUCUCAUGACAGGGAAAGUUCUGGUCAAACCACUUGGCUAUGACCUCUUAUAAACUUCCCUUUUCAGCUGGGACUUUGGGAGCAGCUGAUAUUCACUCAAGAUUGAGGAUGUGACUGUUUAUAAUAUAAAAUCAAAUGUUUGUAAACUGUCCCACAUGUAAAAUAUGGUUAUACAGUAAAACUAUGACUGCAUUUGGCAUGUUGUUAACUUGUAAAAAGAUUUAUUUGUACUUGUUUACAAGAGUUGUUGACAGUUGUAAUCUUAAGUAUGUUUUUAUGAGCAUGUGCCUGAAAUGUCACAUAUGAGACAGGUCAAAACCAAAGUUCAAAUGGCUGAGGGGAAAAGCUGCUGGAUGUUCAUUGAUGAGGGUUUGUAGAACUUUGGAAACUUUUCAGAUUUAUAUGAUUGUUUUUCAGAAACAUGUCCUUUUUUUUUUUUUACCUCAGCGACCAAAUAUCUGUGGAUUUGUUAUAUUGAAAUGUAUCUUGUGUUUCAACAUAAGGCAUGCUAUGAUUGAUUGACUGAUUGAUAAAUCUUGACUCUCCAUGACAGUAUGUUCACUUCAUCACAAAAUUACAAUAACCCUGAAAAGACCACGUCUACAAAGUAGUGCAUGGAUUCUUUGAAAAUAUAUUCUGCAAGGUGUGGAAUAAAUGUGAUCCUGCCUCUGAUUUAGAGGUCAUAAGUUUACUUUACAAGGAAAACUACCAUUGCAUCCAUCUUCGUGUUAUCUCUACAAUAAAAACUUAAACUGAA